AUGGACUGCAACAAAGAGGAAGCUAUUAGAGCAAAAGCUCUGGCUGAAAGAAAAUUGCUGGAGAAGGAUUUUGUUGGUGCAAAAAAAUUGAUCAUCAAAGCACAACAACUGUUCUCAGAGAUUGACAAUAUUUCACAAAUGUUAACUGUCUGUGAUGUUCAUUGUGCUGCUGGAACGAAGGUUAAUGGAGAGCUUGACUGGUAUGGGAUACUUCAGGUACCUGCUUUCACGAAUGAUGACACACUAAUAAAGAAGCAAUACCGUAAGCUUGCGCUUUUGCUGCAUCCCGACAAGAACAAGUUUGCAGGUGCAGAGGCUGCAUUUAAAUUAGUGGGAGAAGCAAACAUGACGCUUACAGACAGCUCAAAACGUUCUGCCUAUGACAUGAAAAGGAGAGUCUCAGUCAGAGUUGGUGCAGCAAGACCAUCCCCUUAUCAGCAGUCAAGGAGAGCUGCUCCUGUUAGACCUGUGAAUCUUCAUCAGCCCUCAAAUUCUGCAGGGACACAACAAACAUUCUGGACCAUGUGUUCAAGUUGUGGCAUGAGAUAUCAGUACUACACUGCGAUGUUGAAGAAAGCUAUCCGUUGUCAGAGUUGUUUGAAGCCUUUUAUUGCACAUGAUAUAAAUGAGCAAGCUGUUCCUUCUGGGGCAGAUCGACAGUAUGCUGGGGUAAAAAAUGCAGGGGCACCACAGAAUUUUGCAGGCCGGCAGACAAAUGCCCCAGGUCAACAGGCUUGGAAUAAUGCCACUCCAGGGGUUCAUGCUAAUUAUGGAUCUCAUAAGGCAGCUGCAAAUACAAACAAAAAGAAGGGGGAAGAUGGUAAUAGUGCUAGUGCUGCAGGUGUACCAAAUGAGAAAGCAAAAUUUGCUCGGACUUCAAAAGGUUCAUCAGCUGCAGGAUUGAAAAGGGGCAGGAGAGCCGUGUCUGAAUCUAGUGAUUCGGAGACCACCACUGAUAGUGAAGAAGAGAUCACUGUAGAUGGUGCUGCUGCAAAUAAUGCAAAGCCGAGUCAACACAGCCGCAGGUCAAGUAGGCAGAAGCAAGAAGUUAAGUAUAAGGAAGAUAGUGAAGACGAGGAUAUUGGUGAUGAUGGUAAUGAUGACGACGAUAAUAAUGUCAGUUCUUCCAAUUUUAAAAGGUUAAGGAAAGGUGGUGUGUUGCAUGGUGAUGAUCAAAGCAGCACACCAAAGUUUGAUGAAGACAAAACUGGGCAUAAUGGUCACACAAAUGGUCUUAAUCACGAGAAAGAAGAAACAUCCAAUUCUGUCAGCAGCAAUGGUCUAGACCCAAACCUUGAUGAUGCUUCAGAUGAGGAAAAAUUUAGCUGCGCAGAUCCUGAAUUUUUUAACUUUGACGAACUUCGAGAUGUAAGUCAGUUUAGACCCAACCAGAUCUGGGCUGUCUAUGAUAGUCAUGGCUGCAUGCCAAGAUUUUAUGCUCGAAUUACAAAGGUAAAAAUGGCCCCAAAGUUUAUAGUACACUUUGUUUGGCUGGAAUUGGAUCCCACAAAUGAAGCAGAGCUGGCAUGGUCACGCGCAGAACUGCCUGUUGCUUGUGGACAUUUUAAGCAUGGAACAUCAGACACAGCUAAAGAAGCUAAUAUGUUUUCCCAAACUAUUUCCUGUGCGAAAAGCAAGACAAAAAACUCGUAUGAGAUAUAUCCUAGGAAAGGUGAAGUUUGGGCCCUGCACAAGGGAUGGGACAUCGGCUGGAGUUCGGAUGCUGAUAGCCACACAGAUUUUGAGUAUGAACUUGUUCAAGUUGUCACGGAUUUCACAACCAGCACUAGCAUCAUUGUCGUGCCACUUGUAAAAAUAAAAGGCUUUGUUAGCUUAUUUAUGCAGUCGAAAGAGGCAACUCCAUGUGUGAUACCUCAGGAUAACACACUAAGAUUUUCUCAUUGCGUCCCUCAUCAUCUCAUGCGCGGGACUGAAAGAGAAGGCAUUCCAGAAGGAGCUAUUGAACUUGAUCCUGCAGCGCUUCCCCUUAACUUGGAAGAGGCUUUUGCUUCUGUUGUUCUGGAAAGCACAGUAAAAGGCAAGGGGGUUGAUACCAAGUAUGCUGGUUCAUCCAGUGGAAUUAAUUCUGGCAAGGGGUCUGAGAAGGUCGGGGAGGUGCCACAUGCUACAUGUAUGAAUACAGGGCUCUUUACAAGAGCAACAAAGGAAGAGAACAAAGAGCAUCAUACUCCAUCUACUGUAGAAGGUGUGGAUGUUAAUGAGGAAUCUGAUGGCAUUGUCCAGGAUGAAUUUGAAUGUCCUGACUCAGAAUUCUAUGAAUUUACAGAAAUAAGGUCGAUUCAGAAGUUCGAACCUGGGCAGAUCUGGGCUCUCUAUAGUGAUAUGGACAAGUUCCCCAAUUACUAUGCCAUCAUAAAGAAAGUCGAUCUCAAGAAUAAUAAAGUACAAGUGAAAUGGCUUGAUCUCUGUCCUCGGGGAGAGGAGGAGAAAAGAUUGACUGGUAAAGAAGACCGGACUCUUGCGUGUGGAAUCUUUAAGGUUUCCUCUGGCAAUGAUGGUACUACGACUUACACUGGUACAGAGUCAUUUUCUCAUCCCGUGGUUGCUAGAUCAACUGGUAGAAAAAAUGAAUAUGAAAUAAUCCCUCGCUUCCGUGACAUCUGGGCCGUUUACAAGAACUGGAGGGCUGGAUGGACUGCAGAAGACUUUAAAAACUGUGAGUAUGAAUUUGUGGAGAUUGUUGGCCAGACUGAUUCGUCCAUACAAGUUCAGCCUUUAGGAAAGGUGGAUGGCUACAGGGCAGUAUUUCGAAGAGGGGCAGAUGUGAAAACAAUAAGCAAGGAUGAGUACCCAAAGUUCGCUCACCACGUCCCUUGCUUCCGUCUGACAAAUGAAAAAGCAGGCAAGCUUCGAGGCUGUUUCGAGCUCGAUCCUUAUUCAGUGCCUGAGGUGUUUCUCUACACCAGUUAA